CGCUCACACAGGUCAGACAGGUAAAGAGGCAGCCAGGUGAGCCGCAGUAUCUCAGGUCCCGACCCCGAGGAGCUGACGGACACUGAGAUGACGUCUCCUCCUCCUCCUCCCGUCCCGAAGCCUCGCCGCUGCUACAGGGACAGUCGAAGCUCCACCUACUCUCUGGAAAGAGCUGAUGAAAAUCUGCAGCCAGCUUUGUCUGAUGGAGCUCACAAGAGCACAGAUGAAGACGCUCACAGUGCGUUGAGUCAUAGCCUCACCUUCCCAACUUUGGCCGGUGUGACUGGCGUCAUCGCCACCAACAUCCCAUCACUGUCAGGAAUCGCUGCUACCAUCGGAGGCUCCACCCCCCCUCCACCCCCCUCCUUAGACAGCAUGACUAAUAGCCUUACCACCCACAUUCCUGACUUAGCAGAAGCUGCUAACACUGUGGCUAACCCUGCUUCAUUCACUUCAUCACCACCAGCAGUCAAGACAAGUGCUGCUGCAUUAAACCCCACCCCCUCUACCACACCUGCCCCUGCUGCUAACUUGGGCAGCAUUCUUAACUCACUGGCUAACAUUCCCAGUUUCACAGGGAUUGUUAGUGGUGUGGGUAACCUUGCUGAGAGCUCCUCUCCAUCAGCCCCAUCACUCCCAAAGAGUAAACCCCGCCCAUCCUCGCUGACAGGAUUUGCAACUGGAGACACUCACACAGAUGUUGGAGCACUGUCACAGCUGGUGACAUCAGCUUUAGACCCUACUGCCGGAGUCGUGCUGCCACCUGUAGAGGGUACUGCAGGGGCCACAGAUGAAGUUUUAUCUCCAGCUCCUCAAAGCACCAAAGCAGAAAACCCAUCUGCCACCAUGCUGGCCUGCUGGACAACCCAAGAGGAAGCUGACAGUGAUUCGUCCAAUGAGGGGGAAGAUCCAGGUGUUAGCACCGCCCCUUCCACAGCUGAAGAAGAUCCUGCUUCUGCCCCAAUGACCAAUGAUGACAAAAUUUUGUCCAUUAAUUCAGGUCGUCUCAAACCCACUCGGCCAGCCCCGCCCCCACCCAGCGCAGCGGGCCGAUCAGGAAAAUCAAUGAGACAAAAGACACCGAGGGCGGCCACCAUCCGAGUGUCGAGGAAGAAGGGCGCCGCGGGGAGACCGGCUCCUCAGAGCACUGUUGUCCGGGCCAGCUGGUUGGACGUCUGGAAGGGGUUCAGAUAUAAUGUUUUAUGGGCGAUGCUGGAUGGACAGCUGAUGUCUCUGUGGAAAAAACGCACAGACCGGUUCAGUGAGGUGUUGUUUCACGUUUCCAGCAUCACCAACGUGAAGAAACAGGACAACUGCAGAUUCUCUGUGUACUUCAGGAAGAAGCAUUAUGACUUCAUGGCUCAUAAUGAUGAGGUUCAGGAUGGUUGGGUCACUUCUCUUCUGGCGACUCGAGGCCAUCCAAGCCCCACCCCCCCAGAAAUCCACGGACAAAUCACCAUUAAGGACAUGCGGGGCCGUGCCUAUGCUGCAGUCUGGGGUCAUGACCUUUGGAUUUACCCCAACAAAGAGGGCUUCCAGCUGGGUGUCGCCUCCUUUUCCGUCCCCCUGAACGUGGCCUCGGUCAAAUCUACAGGGAAACACUCGUUCAGCCUCAUCACUCCAUACAGGACCUUCAACAUGUCUGUGGAUUCGUCGAAGGAUCUCUCCACCUGGUUAGACAGCCUGUCAUCGACUAUCCAGAGCGCGCUGUCCUGCAGUCAGGUGGCGCUGCGUCUCUGGGAAAACCCAUACAACAAGGUGUGUGGUGACUGCAGCGCAGCCAAUCCAGAGUGGGCGUCAGUCAACCUGCUGCUCGUCAUGUGUCAGCGCUGUGCAGGUCACCAUCGUGCUCUUGGCAGUAACCUGUCGAAGGUCCGCAGUCUAAGGAUGGACAACAAAAUCUGGACUGAACCACUCAUCCAGCUGUUUGUUACAUAUGGUAACCAGCUGGCAAAUCAGGUGUGGGCUCCAGCGGUGCCGGCAGUGGAGCAGCUCCUCCCGGAGUCAACAGAUGAGGAGAGGUCAAAGUUCAUCAAGGAUAAAUACAGCAGUGGGCGCUACAGACGGGCCCACGCGCUGGCCUCAUUUCCCUCCAUGAUGGAGCAGAGGCUGUAUCAGGUGGUGUGCACUGAUGAUGUCGAGGAAACGAUGUCUCUGAUCUGCUCCGGGGCAAAGGUGUCUUCAUCAGACCCACAGACCCCCUCCCUCAUCCUGCUGGCAGAACGAGCCAAUCAGGCUCUGCAGACCGAGCUGCUCCGAGUCAAUGAGUACACAGAGGUUCCGCCUCACCAGCCCCAGUCAGCCAGAAAAAGACUUGACUCCGCCCCCUCAGGUGAAGAGGAGGAGGAGCUUCAUGGGAAACUGGAGGAUGAUCGUUUUCUCUUCUCUUUGGAAAAUGAAUCAGCAGCCUGCGACGUGCUCGACCUGCGAGAGGUUCUGUCUGUCUUCCUCAAAGAUGGACCGGCUCAUCAGUUCGAGAUUGUGACGCUCAGAGAUCAGCUGAUCUGUGCUGCUGAUGAUAGGGAGGGGCUGCUGAAUCACCUGGUCCAUAUUCUGAAGGUGGUUCUUCCAGGGGGCGUGUCUUAUGCUGAGGUGGGCGGAGCCUUUGCAGUCAGUAAAGUGUGUAUUGUAGAAGUGGGCAGGGCCUCCAAUCAUCCAGAAGCCUGGUUGCUGCUUUGGGAGGAUGGAGUCAGCAUUUACCCCAUCUACAGACAAUCACAUCAGCCUCUGAUGAUCGAUCUGAGCAUGCUCAGUCACCAUGACAUGAAUCCAUCUGAAAACCUCAUCACUAUGGUAACUGCAGACAGGAGGGUGUCGCUGCGUUUCGAGGAGCUGUACAGCUGUCAGACCUGGUUCAACCACCUGCAGAAAGCUGUGUCCAAUCAGAGCUCAGCCCCACCGUGUUCUCCUGCAGCCAAUCAGAGCUCAGCUCAUCGCUCUCUGUACCCAGUGAUGGACGUGCGGCUAAGAGGCUCGGUGCCGCCAGCCAUCGAGCGCUGUAUCUCCCACAUCACCACCUACGGUCUGAAGGUGGAGGGCGUGUACCGGCGCUGCGGUCUUGCUUCCAAAGUCAGCCAAUUGGUGGAAGCCCUGAUGACAUCACCAAACUCCGCCCCUCUGGAGAGUGACGAGCAGGGUGUGCUGAAUACUAGCUCCGCCCUCAAACAAUAUGUACGCCAGCGAGCAAGUCUGAUCCCCGAUGGAGCCCAAGGGCAGUGGCUGCAGGCCGCAGGUAUUCCAGAUGAGGCCCGCAGGUUUAAGGAGUACAGACGGUUACUACGGCAACUUCCCGAUGACAGCCGAGCAAUCCUGAACGCUCUGUUUGGACACUUCUACAUGGUCCAGGUGUUCUCGCAGGUGAACAAGAUGUCGGCCCAUAACCUGGCCGUGGUCCUGGCCCCGUCUUUGUUUCAGGCCAUGAACCAGGACCUGAUCACCCUCAACAGAGAGUUCAUCAUCCACCACACUCUGCUCUUCCUUACCCCAGACUCAGCUCAGAGGGAGGAGGAGGAGCAGAUCACCACCUUCUGAUGAAGAUCAGCUCGAGUUUCCUGAUUUUUAUUUUUUAACAAGCUCGUUUUUGGGAUGUCGGAGGAAACGUUUUACUGUUUUUAUUUUGAACCCUCAGAAUCACUCACAUUAAUCUGGGACCAAUCACUGCCCACUUCCUGUUUCCUGUUUGCGCCCCCUGCUGGUAGUUUACUCUCAUUUUAUAAGCCAGCGUGUGACAUAAUGGAGCUGCUGAUGGGAGAGGCUGCAGCUCCACGUUAAUGUGGGUUAUACCCAAAUAUGGGCUGAUUUGAAUCAUUUUGGCACACAGAAGUGUGAACGUUGAAAAUCUGAUUUAAAUUCUUGUUUUAUUGUUUCAUUCUCAGCUCGUUAGAGUCUGAACCUUUUAAUGAGGGGAUGUUAGAUUAGUUUUCCUUCAUAAAUCAGAGGAUUUCUGUGUGAUUCGGAGCUGAAGAGUUUCAUAAAUCUGAGUGAACAUGAACGCAUCGCUGUGUGCAGACUGCAGUCAGUGUGUGGAGGUUUGUGUGUCUGUGUGUCACUCCUGUUUUUACUGUAAUCGAUCAAACAAAAUCACAGAUAUCAGCAUGAACCUUUUACUGUUUCUGAGAUCUGUAGUUACCUAACGAGUCCUUAAAAUUGUUCUUUUACAGAAACAAUAAAAACCUGAAUGAAAAAAGUUUUUUAUUUUUCUGCAGUUUCAUUUUUAUCUUGUAGA